CUUUUGCCAGGGACGGGGUGAGAGACUGAGGACAUCAAAGGGACGGCAUCAUGACAACUCCUUCAGAUCAGAAUGUGGAGUUUGUGCGAACAGGCUACGGAAAGAACGCCGUGAAGGUGCUGGUCAUCCGCAGGGAGGGGAGUCAUCACUACAUCAUAGAGCUGAAGGCUGAUGUGGAGCUCACACUGAAGACACGAAAGGACUAUCUGACUGGAGAUAACUCAGACAUCAUCCCCACGGACACCAUCAAGAACACGGUUCACGCUCUGGCCAAGCUCAAGGGGGUGAAGAACAUUGAACAGUUUUCCUUGGACAUUUGUAAUCAUUUCCUAACCUCUUUCAACCAUGUGCUGAAAGCCAAAGUUUACAUGGAGGAAGCUCCAUGGAAAAGACUGGAGAAGAAUGGAGUCGAGCAUGCUCAUGCAUUCAUCUUCAGUCCAGAGGCUUGUCGCUUCUGUGACGUUGAACAAAAUCUCAAUGGCACCCCUGUAGUUCACAGUGGACUGAAGAACAUGAAGGUGCUGAAAACCACCCAGUCUGGUUUUGAAGGCUUCCUCCGAGACCGUUUCACUACUUUGCAAGAAACCAAGGACAGAUGUUUCUGCACCUCUGUCUACUGUCGGUGGCUGUACAAUAACAGUCAGGAUGUCAACUUCGACGCUGCGUGGAAGACUGUGAAGGAGACGAUCAUUGAGAAGUUUGCUGGCCCUUUUGAUCGUGGCGAGUUUUCACCCUCUGUGCAGAAGACCCUCUAUGAAACUCAGGUUUUGGCCCUGGACAGACUUCCUGAGAUGGAAGAAAUAGAGAUUGUGAUGCCCAAUCAGCAUUACUUCACCAUCGACAUGACAAAAAUGGGUCUCAGCAACAAAGAUGAAGUACUUCUUCCUCUUGAUAACCCGUCGGGGAACAUUACAGGGACAGGUGUUCCCCAGCCUCGCCCACAGGUAAUUGGGAUUGGCUACUACACCUCACAACCCUGA